AUGGCAACUGGGACGCCUGUGAUGCUGCAGAACAAAGUUGAAGCAUCUGACUUGGAGAAUGAGUCAGAAAUACUACUGGAAAGCUUGAAUCAGUUGUCGGCGUGGGAGCUGCAAAUGGACAAAGUGGAGAAAGAUGCCGAUAUUUAUAGACUCAAAUUGACUCAACCUAUGUAUGCUAAACGGAGGACAAUGUUGAAAACCAUUCCUAGAUUUUGGUACAUAAUUAUAGCUGAGAACGAUGAGUUUGCUGAAUAUGCUAGUCCAGAUGACCUCAAGUAUUUGGAGUAUAUAGAUGACAUCUAUGUUCACCACCCAGUAGUGGAAGAAGACGAAGGACAGAGGAUCUGCAAUCCCAGGGACUUUGAUAUCACAAUCAGCUUCAAAAAAAGCCCAAUCAUCGAGGAACAGAGCGUGACCAAGAGUUUCAAAGUGGUUUUACGUGAUAAUGGAGAAGAGCAUUUGGAGUCACUUCCAGUGGAGAUCAAGUGGCCACAUGAAUUGUCAAAGAUCAACCCUCAAUUAGUGAAAGAAAGAACAAAUGGAGGCAAAAACAUGACCUCAGAAGAUAAGAAAUGGUAUCGUGCAGGCAUGAAGUCGUUCUUCUCGUGGUUUGCGUGGACAGGAAAGAAGCCAGGAAAGGAAUUUAGAAACGGUGAAGACUUGGCAAAUUUAAUCUCAGAAGACAUUUUCAUCAAUGCAUUGAAGUACUACAUUGUUGCAUUAACAAAUGAAUCUGAGGAUGAGGACAGUAAUGAGGAAGAUAGCUCUGAAGGCGAGGAAUUAGACUUGAGUGAUGUUGAUGUAGGUCAAAAAAAGCGGUCGCUUGACAACACCAACGGGACUGAAUUGAAGAAACCAAAGAAAGCAACACAAGCGAAAGGUUAA